AACAGCCAUCUACAUCUUAUUCAUGGUUUAGGGUAAAACAAAUGUCGUUCUCUAUAUUAAAAUAUGUUUAUGGAAUGAAAUAGAUAUGUAGAUAGUGAGUGGUGUAGAAAGCAAGAGGAAGUACAGAAUUCCAGUUUUAGUAGUUCAGUAUACUGCAGUGUAGGCCCAGUGUUGCUGUAGACGUUAAGAAUAGUGGAGGCCCUGCUUUCCUUGUACAGGCUUGAAUAGCAGUGUACUCUUACGUAAUACAACAGCGUUUCAUCCAGAUAGAGAAAUAAUUCUCUUAAGAAAGGAUUAGCAAAUAGAAACGUAAAGAAGAACCUUCAAUCAAUUUUUAUACAAGUUAUGAUGUGCCCACUGAUCCUGAUGAAUAAGUGCACUUGAGUGAGACUUGAUAAGUGACAAGUCACUACAAGACCUGAAUAAAAGGUUAACAGAAGAGGAGUGCCAAUGAGUCCUCGUACUCAGAUCUGUCUGUUAAUUGGAACCCCCCGUGGAUUUACUAGAUCAGUAUUAGAAGGGCUAUUAAAGCGUGGAAGCCGAGUAAUCUUGGCUUGCCCAGAUCCAAGCCUAGGACUUGCUGAACAUAAACGACUCAGUGGUCUUUAUGGACCUGCGCAGAUCAGCCUUAGUCUUGUCAAGCCCGCGCACGCGCGAUCCUUGGAGUCCAUCUUUGUUCGUGCACUUGAUACUCAUGGAGGAGUUACGUGCAUCAUCAAUUCAACAGCUGAUGACAAGCUGCAAGUUACAGAGUCGGAGCUAAGGGGGAGCAGAGAUUAUGUAGAAAAAUAUUUAAACUUUAAACAGCAAAGACAUGACGUAGAUUCCAUUAAAAGAAUUAGUCGCCUAGCAGUGAAGUACCUGGGGAAACAGAACGGGUUCCAGGGUGGUAAUCUCCUAAACCUAUCCAGCAGUACAGAACUAUUUCAUAAAACAACAAAUAUACAAUCACCGUCCAGUAAUACUCUCAAACCUAGCAGUGUGUCUAGAUGUGAGGAGGGAGCUGAAACCUGUUCAGUUCUUGGAACUACCAGAGGUCUGGGGGUUGCUAAGAAUGUUGAUGUUCAUGGAGUAAAGAUAUUUACAGUGUACCAACCGUCCAUAGAUUAUCCAGAGCUGAGUGUUGCUGCUCAAAUAACAGAUGACGAGCACUCACCAUACUAUCAGUGGAAUAGGUACAGUGCGUAUUGUAGAGAGUAUACUGGAUACAUGGCUCUACAUGUAGCUGAUACUGCAUCUCCAGGAACAGCUUGGAGAUUUAACUCAGAACUCAGAUUGGAACAGGUUCAGCCUGAAAUGCUUCCUUCUAGGUGUCGGGUAGCUAACAAGAUGUGCUACUGGCUGGGCUGUCCUCACGUUCCUGAACUGGUUGGUGAUCAAGUUGUUCAAGUAGGUCAGGGGGUUCAAGGAGAUAUCCCUGCUCAAGGAGUGUCCUUGCCUUCUCAUACAGGAUUUCCCAACCUUGCUCAACCCAUGGAACAGCUGACAGAACUAGGAGAGGAGUAACAGGAGCCAACUUUUAACAAGUUAUAUAUCGAGUGCUGCAGCUAGUCCCAAUACAAUUGAUAUAUAUUGAAGAUUAAACAACAUUGGAUAAAUUCUAACAGAAGUGUACCCAUAUUGUUCCAGGACUAACUGACCAACAUGGAGUACCAGGACGAACAGAUCCUCAUGGAGUACAAGGAAAACAAGUCUGGAGUACCGAGCCAAAAAAGGACUAUUCAAUAGUCAUGGAAUACCAGGACAAACAGACCUACAUGGCAUACCAGGACAAACAGACCUACAUGGAGUACCAAAACUAUUUUUUUCAUGACUAGAACACCUACAUCCUGCUACAGCACUUUACACUUCCAUCUAAUCAAAAUAUUGAAAUUUAAUUGUCAGCCACGUUGCCUCCAACGCCUUAUCCGAAUCCUUUUUUUGCGAUAAGUAGAAUUCUUUAACGAAAUGUGUCUAAAUUCUAUGACAAACUUAGGAUUUUUAUUCGUAACACAAGCCAACGAAUGUAAUCGUAUUAUGCCUUAUAAACAUUGUACCCGUGAACAAGCAUUAUCAUGUAAUCUAAAUUGAUUAUUUUAAAUUAUGACAGAAUUAAAAACCCGCCUAAAUGCUGACUAAGAUACAACUAUGUUAUUCUUUAGUUAUUUACUGUUAUCAUUGCUUGUUGAAGUUUAAAAUAUAUAUUUGACAGAAAUUAAA